AUGAAGCUGAAGCUGCCGAACCCGGGUCUGGAAGACCGGAUUCCAAGCCACCAGCAGCUGGAGAAGCUGGAGGUGGAGGAGGCUGGGGAGAGACCCAAAUGGGACAACAAAACCCAGUACAUGCUGACCUGUGUGGGUUUCUGUGUCGGUCUGGGGAACGUCUGGAGGUUCCCUUACCUGUGCCAGAGCCACGGAGGAGGAGCGUUCAUGAUCCCCUUCCUGAUCCUGCUGGUUCUGGAGGGAAUCCCACUUCUCCACCUGGAGUUUGCAAUUGGCCAGCGCCUGAGGAAGGGCAGUGUGGGAGUGUGGACAGCCAUUCACCCCUAUCUCACUGGUGUUGGAAUUGCAUCCAUGUUGGUCUCCUUCCUGGUUGGAAUGUACUACAACACCAUCAUUGCCUGGGUGAUGUGGUACUUCUUCAACUCUUUCCAGAACCCAUUGCCUUGGAGUCAAUGUCCUCUUACUGGAAACCACACAGCAAUGGUGCCAGAGUGUGCACGGAGCUCCCCAGUGGACUACUUCUGGUACAGGGAGACGCUCAACACCUCGGCCGCCAUAGAGGAUGCUGGUGGCUUGCAGUGGUGUUUGGUCCUGUGCCUGUUGUGCGCCUGGAUUGUGCUCUAUGUCUGCUGCAUCCGGGGUAUUGAGACCACUGGCAAGGCUGUGUACGUGACUUCCACCCUGCCCUAUGUGGUCCUCACCAUCUUCCUCAUACGAGGCUUAACUCUUAAAGGUUCUGUGAGUGGGAUAAAGUUCCUCUUUACCCCAGAUGUGACGGAACUAGCAAAUCCAGCUACCUGGCUAGAUGCAGGAGCACAGGUGUUCUAUUCCUUCUCCUUGGCCUUUGGGGGUCUCAUCUCUUUCUCCAGCUACAACUCUGUGCACAACAACUGCGAGCAAGACGCUGUGAUUAUUUCACUAAUUAACGGUUGCACUUCCGUUUACUCUGCCACUGUUAUAUAUUCCAUCAUUGGCUUCCGUGCUACAGAAAAGUAUGAAGACUGCAUGGCCAGAAACAUUGUGGAACUGAUGAAUGUCUUUGACUAUUCUGAGGGCAGCAUCACAGAAAAUACUUACGAACAAGUUCUCCAGAAUUUAACCAUUACAUCUCCAUGGAUUGUCAAAGGUCUAAAGCUGAAGACCUGUGACAUGCAGACUUUCCUCAGUGAGGGUGUUGAAGGCACUGGCUUGGCCUUCAUUGUGUUCACAGAGGCGAUCACCAAGAUGCCCAUAUCUCCUCUGUGGUCCAUCCUGUUCUUCAUCAUGCUCUUCUGCUUAGGGUUGUCAACCAUGUUCGGUAACAUUGAGGGUGUGACUGUACCUCUGCAAGACCUCAAUAUCUUCCCUAAAAAGUGGCCCAAAGAGGUUCUCACAGGUGUGACUUGUCUGGUAUGCUUCCUCAUUGCCCUCAUAUUUGUACAGAAAUCAGGGAACUACUGGCUGGCACUUUUUGACAGCUUUGCUGGUUCCAUUCCAUUACUGAUUAUUGCCUUCUGUGAGAUGGUGGCUGUGGUUUACCUCUAUGGGAUAGACAAGUUUAACAAGGACAUUGAGUUCAUGAUUGGCCACAAGCCCAACAUUUUCUGGCAGGUCACAUGGAGGGUUCUCAGCCCUCUGAUCAUGCUGGUCAUUUUCCUCUUCUACUUUGUAAUUAAAGUCAGACAAGAAGCUACAUAUCUUGCCUGGAACCCCGAAUCGGAGUUCUUCCCAACUCUGGUGAAGCCGUCUUACCCAAACUGGGCCUACAUUGUAAUAUUCCUCUUAGCUGGUGUUCCAAGCCUUGCCAUCCCUUUCAUGGCUGCACUCAAAUUUUUCAGAGACUGUAGAAGGAAGAGACACAAUGACUACAAAACCAAAGAGAUUACCACCAUCUCCCUAUAA